AAAGAAAGACUCUGAAUUCACAAGCAAUGCUCUUGUAGUUGUUUUGUUGUGUGUGGUAUUCGUCGACUAACAUCGGCACACACACACCGAUCUUGCUGCGUUUUUGAUCUCCCUGCUAUAUGGUCCCCAGGUCUUACACGCGAGCAGCAACGUUAAAUUGCAGAGAUCUCUGGUCAAGAUUAUCCCAUCCAUGCCAUUUUUCUCCAAGAUCGAAUGAUGCCCAGCAGCGUGUACAGAGAAGUCAAUCCCUGACAACCGCCACACUCUCAGUUCGAGGCACAGACCCAGCAAGGCUAGCACUGUCCAGGAAAACCAGCAGGUGGGUCACGGAUCAAAUGGGGCAUUCCACCUCUUUCCAGCGGCGCUACAGUGGAAUUUACGGGAUCCCCCGGCUCAGGCCCAUGCACAGUUCGAGCGCCCGAGGCUACUCCAGUUCUGUGGAGGGCGCGACACCAGCAAGGGACGAUCUGAAGCGCCAGCUUUUGAGUGAGACUCCGAUGACGGUGCUGGAGGGGCGAGAAUGGCUGCGGCACAACAUGCAGCCAGAAGCUCUCAGAAUUGCCGGUGUGACAUUCGAUGGCCGCCAGGAGCUCAUUGCCAAGCUGCAGCCAGACCAGGCGCUCAUGCUGCAGAAGGACCCACACAAUGAGUAUGAUCCGAACGCCAUCAAAGUCAUGACGCUGUCCGG